GAUUCCAUGUCCUUAAUAAUUACGCUCGCAUUGAAAAUCAAUGUGAUAGUAGUUAUAACAACCGGUGGAAAUAUGAUGUACUCCCACACCAAGAUGACAUCGAUUGUAAAACCUUGUUAGCUAGUGAAUCUGAGAAUUUCAAAUUCAAAGCUCAAGCUGACGGCUUAGGGAAGGGGAAAUCCCUUCCUACAGUAGCUAAAGCUCCUUCACAUCUUCGAAAACGGGACACUUCAAAAGAUUGUUUGAAUUCUCAGGAACAACCGGCUCUGAAGAUGUUAAAG